AUGGGGUCACCGUUUCGUAUGAAGUCGGCGCAUCAUGCGGAUAUCAAAGGCAUGGGGAUCUUAUAUGAAGAUGAUGACGCGCCAAUCAAGUUGGUGGAUCGAGAUGAUUCAUUUGCCAUUAAGGAGCUUGGCUUGACCUUGAUCGGGAAGGUUUUAAACCCGAAGAAGCAGAACGUCGAGAAGUUACUUCAGACGAUGCCUGCACAAUGGGGCCUGGCAGAGAGAAUCACGGCUAAUGAUCUAGGGACUGGGAAGUUUUUGUUCAACUUCUCAAACGUGGGGGAUCUUAACUACGUCAUGGCAAAGGGGCCAUUCCAUUAUAACUUUUGUAUGUUCAUGUUGGUUCGUUGGGAGCCAAUCGUUCAUGAUGACUACCCAUGGAUCAUUCCGUUUUGGGUACAGUUGAUCGGGUUCCCUCUCCAUCUGUGGACAGACACGAACCUAAAGAAUAUAGGUCGCCGAAUUGGUCAUGUUGAUACUAUUGAGCUCACGGAAGGACAUAUGCUUAUUGAUGUCGACUCACGAUGGCCUCUGAAGUUCUCCCGAAAGGUUGAAUAUGAAGGAGAUGAGGUCACGAUAGAGAUUAAAUAUGAUAAGCUCUUCAAGCAUUGCACCAGUUGUGGCAUGCUCUCACAUGAGAAAGGGUAUUGUCCCUCCAUCGAAGUCAUACAACCCUCACAGGAGCGAUCAGAUGUAUUCACACGCAUGCAGUUACCAGCUCGUUAA